UGCCUGGAGCUGGGAGCGGAGCCGCGCGGAGAGCCGGGCGCACACGCCGGACGGGAGAGAGAGGCUCCUCUUUUUAAAGACCUUUUUUGAACAGAGUAUCCGGCCCUGCGGACCCUCCUCUUCGUCCCCUUCCUCCGCUUGGAACAUUGUGGCCAGCGCCGCGCAGGAGACUUCAACAGAGCAAAACAACCAAACCAAACAAAAAAAAAAACAACCCAACCAUCACCACCACCAAACUAACCCACCGCCGCCACCACCACAAAAAGCAUGCCAGGCAAUGUUGUCUCUGCACGGACAAGGCUAGGCGUUUUGACUAGUGGACUAGACAAAUGAACAGGGGUGUUUUGGGACCAAGUGUGCUGGUUGUGCCCAGGGGAUCUCCCCCAGCGACUUGGUCAGGAGGGCGAGGAGCAAAGUGUUCCACUUGAACUGUUUUACUUGUAUGAUGUGUAACAAACAGCUCUCCACCGGCGAGGAGCUCUACAUUAUCGACGAGAACAAGUUUGUCUGCAAAGAAGAUUACCUAAAUAACAGCAAUACUGCCAAAGAGAACAGCCUGCACUCAGCCACAACCGGCAGUGACCCCAGCCUGUCUCCGGAUUCCCAAGAUCCUUCCCAAGACGACGCGAAAGACUCGGAGAGCGCCAACGUGUCAGACAAGGAAGCUGGCAGCAAUGAGAACGAUGAUCAGAACCUGGGGGCCAAGAGGCGGGGUCCCCGCACCACUAUCAAAGCCAAACAACUAGAGACUCUGAAAGCCGCCUUCGCAGCUACCCCCAAACCCACCCGGCACAUCAGGGAACAGCUGGCCCAAGAAACCGGGCUCAACAUGCGAGUCAUACAGGUGUGGUUCCAGAACCGGCGCUCCAAGGAGCGGCGCAUGAAGCAGCUGAGCGCGCUGGGAGCCCGCCGCCACGCCUUCUUCCGCAGCCCCCGCCGCAUGAGGCCGCUGGUGGACCGGCUGGAGCCGGGGGAGCUCAUCCCCAACGGGCCCUUCUCUUUCUAUGGAGGUGGGUACCAGCGCCGGGCAGAGACGCCUCCCGCGGGGCUAGGAAGGCGCCGGGUGAAGAGAAGCAAAGAUUAUCAGAGCGAGUAUUAUGGCCCUGGAAGCAAUUAUGAUUUCUUCCCACAAGGACCCCCUUCAUCUCAAGCUCAGACGCCGGUCGAUCUCCCAUUUGUGCCCUCCUCUGGGCCAUCAGGAACUCCUCUGGGUGGACUGGAUCACCCAUUACCCGGACACCACCCUUCCAGUGAGGCUCAGCGCUUCACUGACAUAAUGUCCCACCCACCUGGAGACUCACCCAGCCCUGAGCCCAACCUGCCAGGUUCUUUGCACUCCAUGUCUGCAGAAGUUUUUGGUCCAAGUCCUCCAUUUUCUUCAAUAUCCGUCAACGGUGGUGCUAAUUAUGGCAAUCACUUGUCACAUCCACCAGAAAUGAAUGAAGCAGCUGUGUGGUAGCUUUAAAACAAACUGGGUCUAAGUAAGUGAUGAGCUUCUAGUCUGCUUAUGUUAUGGUGUACAGAAAUGAAUAAGUAUAACAUCUCUCUUGCCCUAAGACAAUUUUACCUUGGGAAUGAACUGAAUCCAAAUCACUCCAAGGCAAGCUUUGCUAUAGACCAGGACAAUCUUCAUAAUAUGGUUGUAACAAACAAACAAACAAACAAAAAAGGGACAUGUUUUGGUACCAUUGAAAAGACACUGGUGAAGCUGUACAGUAAAGUGCUGCUGUGCUAUAGGAUGGCGUAGGUUGAAUACCCUGUUGGAUGUCACCCUAAGAGCCACAAUCCUUAGGAACUUUUCAUUUAAAAAACAAAAAGAAGGUCAAAGAAAGGGAGGGGGGAAGUGUGAAGAGCGCUAGUAUUCCUGGUUUAAGGAUGGUUCUGGCAUUAUGAAUUUGUUUGUUAAUUUUGUCUCUCAGAAAGUUCAACAACAACAACAACAAACUCUUUUUAGCUUCAGAAAUGUGAGCCUGCUGACUAUCAGGUGGGACUUUUUGUUUUUUAAUUAUUUUGCCAAAAUAACAAAUACUAAAUGUAAGCCCUCAGCAUCAACUCUUCUACCUUGACAAAGCUACACACACACAAAAUCCUCAUAAUAACACAGGUCGCCAACCAGACCUCUAACUAAAAAUGACUUGAAACAAACAAAUAAAGUAUUCUACCUUCACGAAAAAAAAACAACUAAACAAAAGACUCUACUGACCUAAAAACAGUCAACUGUUUACGUAGAAUGUUAAAUUCAGGAGUUCUAUGUUUUACUAAUAAAUCCUGUUUUAGAACCUCUUGUUCAAAAGCAAAAUAUUUUGAGCAACCAACCAAAAUAUACCACUUUCUUUUCUGUAGAUGUUAUAUGACAGAUUGCAGGGCUUGUGGUUCACUGUGCUAGUUGUAAAAGGUGUUGUUUACAGAAGGCAAAGAAAAAAAAACCCAUAAAAACCAGACAGUUGCCAAAUAAAGUAAUUAUAUAGCACAAAUACUGUAAGGUGCUUUGCACCAGCAACCUGAGCAAGUGUUUUUUUUUUGGUUUUGUUUUUAAAGUGUUACAAGGUUAAACAAACAAACAUCUUUGCUAAUUUUUAGUCCUGUUGAACAUUCAUGGAAUUGUUAAUAUGACUUAUAUAGACCCACACAGGUUUUAUUUUUGUGUCUUUAAAAGAAAAGUCCAAAAUAUUUAAAUUUUAUGGUCAAAUAUGCAGUCAACAGCUGCUACUUUUUUCUUUAUAUAUUAAAUUUCUCAUAUGUCUUUUAUUGUUCUAAUAAACCUAAGCUUGUGUGACCUCCAGUGCAUAUUAGACCAUUCACUGUAUGAAAGAAAACAUGUUGGAUAAAAUUUGUGAGUU